GUUUUGUUGAUUGUUGAUUGUUACUCUUUUUAAUUUAAUUGUUAUUAUUUUCCUUUUUAUAUUUCCCGUUCCAAUUUAAUUAGUAAUUGAUUGUUAACUCGAAAACCUUCGUUUAAUUCUUCAAACACAAAGUAGAGUGUUGAUUUUAAUUCCAUAGUUUCGUUUGUUUGUUUGUGUAUUUUUUUUCUCUCUCGUUGGUUGUUAAUUUUUUUCCUCUUUUUCUCUUUAUCAACAAAGAUGGACAAGGUUAAUAGUAGAUUAUUAUCUUUAUUAAAACAUAAUCUUAAACCUUUCAAUGGAAAUUUACUCAUCUCCCGGAGAGGAUUAAGUGUUACAAGUGUUGCCCAAGCUAAAUUAACUGUUCGUGAUGCCCUUAAUUCAGCAAUGGAUGAGGAGAUGGAAAAAGAUGAAAAGGUUUUCAUCAUGGGCGAAGAGGUUGCUCAAUAUGAUGGAGCCUACAAGGUAACCCGAGGUCUAUGGAAAAAAUAUGGUGAUAAAAGAGUUAUUGAUACACCGAUUACCGAGAUGGGUUUCGCUGGAAUAGCUGUUGGAGCUGCUAUGGCUGGUCUUAGGCCGAUUUGUGAAUUUAUGACUUUCAACUUUGCUAUGCAAGCAAUAGAUCAAAUAAUCAAUUCGGCGGGUAAAACUUUCUACAUGUCUGCUGGUCAGGUUGCUGUACCAAUUGUUUUUCGUGGUCCUAAUGGUGCAGCUUCUGGUGUCGCUGCUCAACACUCACAGUGUUUCGGAGCCUGGUAUAGUCACUGUCCAGGUCUUAAAGUUAUCUCACCUUAUUCAGCUGAAGAUUGUCGUGGUUUAUUGAAAUCUGCCAUCAGAGAUCCUGAUCCAGUGAUUUUCCUUGAAAAUGAAUUAUUGUAUGGUGUUGCUUUCGAUACUCCAGAUGAAGCAUUAUCACCCGAUUUUACCUUACCCAUUGGAAAGGCUAAAAUUGAAAGACAGGGAACUCAUGUUACCUUAGUUGCUCAUUCUAAAGCCGUGGGGACAAGUUUAGAUGCUGCCAAGGAACUUGCCGGUGCUGGAAUUGAAUGUGAAGUAAUUAAUUUACGAUCACUUAGACCUUUGGAUGAGGAAACUAUUAUCCAAUCAGUGAUGAAAACAAAUCAUCUAGUUACCGUUGAACAAGGUUGGCCUCAAUCUGGUAUUGGAUCAGAAAUAUGUGCAAGAAUAGUGGAAAGUCCAGCUUUUGAUUAUCUUGAUGCUCCUGUUGUUAGAGUGACCGGAGUCGAUGUUCCAAUGCCAUACACCCAAUCAUUAGAAAUAAAUGCGAUCCCUCAAGCGACCGAUGUUGUUUUAGCAGUUAAAAAAGUUCUUAACGUUAAAUAAGUCGAAAUGAUUUCGAAAAUGAACUAUUUUCCUUUUCUUUCGAAUUCAUGAAAAAAAAAUCAAACAAAAAUCUUCAUUGUCUCUUUUAAUUCUGUUGUUACCUUUAACCCUUUACUAAAUCUUUUGCCUCUUUUCAUCUAGUCUGGUUAUCAUUUAAAAUAUUCGUUAAUAUCUUAAUUAAUUCUACUUGAGAAAAUUUGAAGAAGGUAAUCAAUUUUAUCAAGUUUUUUUCUCCUUUGAGAAUGAUAAUCAAAUUGAAAUAGAGAGAAAGAAGAAAAAUUUAACUAUCAAUUUAUUUUCUUUCUCUUAACAAAUUGUUCUUCUUAUUUUCGAGAUGCCAUAAAUACACAUAAUGUUAAUUGUUGAUGUUAACCAGAAAAAUGCUAAGAGACAAUGAUAAUUGUAUAAUUUAACAAAUGGAAACAAAAAAUCAACCGAAAAUCAAAAAAUUAUUAAAAUGAUUGAUCAUUUUUAAAAAGGAAA